CUUUCAUUGUGAAUCUGAUUUGGUGUAUUUGUAGGUUAUAACAUCUGAGAACAUGACCAAAAAUGAGGAAAACUCAACAUGGCGUUGUGAAUAUUUUGGUGAUGGAACAUUUAGAAGUCCUGACAUAACACUUAGAAUAGCAGUUUUUGUCCAUAAUUUGACAAUCAUACCAAAAGACAACCCUCUUACGCUGACUGAAGGAACAAAAACUACAGUCACGUGUUCAGUCAAUAACAAUGCUUACCCUCCUCCCACAAUACAGUGGUAUAUCGGGGAUACAUUGGUCAACGUGACAGGAAGAAAUGUGGAACUCAUGGCUGAGAGACACCAUGAUGGAAAAGUGUUACUCUGCAUCGCCACCAAUAACAACAUAUCGCUCAAUGGAUCAACAGUCUUUAAUAUUCUGU